GGCGGCCGUGGCGGCGCGAGGGGCCACGGUGACGUCAGGAGGCAUUGGGCACCAAUUGGACCAGGUCGUCAUGGCGACAGGGCGCGCUGAUUGGGUCGCGUCGAAUAUUAGCUCAUGCUCUGUGUGACAGAGGGUUCUUUUUUGUGUGUGUGUGGGAGGCGGAUGAGUCCUUAGCUCUGAACAUUUCGGUUAAGAAAUAAACUAAAAUCGAUUUAGAUUCUAUUUGGUUUUAUAACUUAACGGACCAUGUUCACCGAUGAGGUACAAGAGGCCGUGUCAGUGGAGUCGCGCUGGAGAAAAGCUCCUGAGCUCUGUGACGCAGUUUGUCAAACAGUGGAGGUUCGGCGUGCCGAAGCCUCAGUGCAGAUACGACGUAGCGCGGAGAUCAGUACGCAGACAGAGCUGAACGACGGCCGAGAGCUCUCGGUCCUGGAUCAGAACAUCGAGCCAUCGGUUGAUUUUCCGCGUCUGGUUCGUUUUCUGCGGCAAGCGGAGCCGAUAUUGAUCAGGGAAUUAAAGAAGAACGUCCAAAGCCACGCGUUUGAUGGGUUUGAAGUUAACUGGAUAGACCAACCACAGACAGUUUCAUGCUUAUAUACCCUGCAUUAUCCAGAAGCCUGUGAGCGACAGCUGCAUGUUACUGGUGUGUCCUGGAAUGCUACUGGCUCUGUUAUUGCUUGUUCAUAUGGCAGGUUGCAGGAUGGUGACUGGAGCACAGAGAAAUCUUAUGUGUGUACCUGGAAUCUGGAUCGUAGAGGAUUAAACCCAAAUCGACCAGACGUUGUGAUUUAUGUUUCCAGUGCUGUCAUGUGUCUAGCAUUCCACCCAACUGAGCCUUCGUUGAUUGCUGGUGGACUUUACAAUGGAGAAGUUUUAGUAUGGAACUGCAGUAAAACUGAUGACCCUUUAAUUGCUGGAUCAGGAAUGUCUGAAGAUACUCAUCGUGAGCCUGUUUAUCAGGUUCAGUGGAACCAGAGUUUGAGUCACAGUAACAGAAUUCAAAUUCUGAGUGCGAGUACUGAUGGAAAGAUUCUCAUCUGGGGGAUGGAUGGCAAAGGUCAACUUGUAGUGCAGGAUGGAUUUGCUUUUAUCGUUCAGCAGAUGCCACGCAAUGUCAAACUCAAGGUUCGUGGGAACACUACUUUUGGUGUGACUGCUCUCUCUUUCUCUCACCUGGACAAGACUGUAUUCAUUACUGGUGUGGAGGGUGGUUACGUGCUGAAAUGUUCAACAGAGGUUCUGACUCGUGCAACGCUGAGCUCCGGUUCUGUUCCAUUGAAAGCACCAGCCCAAUUUACCUUCUCCCCCCACUGUGGUUCUGUGCAUGCUGUUGCCUGCUCACCAUUUCACAGAAACCUUUUUCUCACUGCUGGCACUGAUGGACAUGUUCAUCUAUACUCCAUGUUGCAAGCCAAGCCAAUUCUUUCUCUUCAGUUAUCUCAAACAUACCUCUUCAGUGUUUGCUGGUCUCCAGUCCGACCUCUAGUCUUUGCUGCAGCCACAGGAGAGGGAACUGUGCUGAUUUGUGAUCUUGGGCAGAGCUCUCUGUAUCCCUCAAUUUCUAUUGAACGGUGUGCUGAGAACAAACCAGUUUACUGCCUGGCUUUUAAUCCAAAACAACCGCAGCUGCUUGCAGCUGGUAAUGCAAAAGGAAGUGUCAAAAUCUGGCAGCUGAAUGCAGAACUGAUGAAGCAACGACCAAGAGAGAUGAUUUUACUUGAGCAACUUGCUAAUGAAGUGGCAGAUUGACUGACUGAAGACCUGGUGCAAAGUGCUGGAGAAUAUUUUCCCCAACUCCAGCAUUUCCCGCUUGUGCAUUAUGAACUAAUUCAGCAUAUUUAAACAUUUUUAAACAUUUUAAUAUUAGUCUGUAAUAUUUUUGUAAUACAAAGUAUUUAAGAACCAGAACUUUAAUUCCUUAGUCUAGUAUACACAUGUUGCAUCUUGCGAGAAACGGAAUCAGCCUGGUAGCCGCUUUCAAUUAGCUGUUCCCAUCCAGCAUUGUGGAGGAUUACCCAAUCUUCUCUAAUCUGCUCAAUUUCCACUUGCAUGUAUAUCUACUGAGACAGACACUAAAGAGGUUUUGCAGGGAUUUUGAGGCUACUGAGGGUGUGGAUCAGGGUAACCAAGAUCCCUAUUUACCUACAUAUUUUUCAUGAGAAGUAGAACCUAGGAACCCACAUUCGUUGCAGCAACUGUAACCUCCCCCCUCCC